AUGAGAUCGAUUGCGCACUAUACAUUUUUGUUUAGGACUAAUGUACAGUGUCCGAAAGUUUUUAAUAAUGUCCGAAUAUAUAAGAAAAUAAAAGAAAAUAAACACUUUAAUGUUCGAUAUUUGGGUUUAGGGCCAACUUCGAAAGAUUUUGAGGAACCAUCACAGCUUUCUGGUCCCUUGACCAAAGCCCAUGCUAGUGAACUUGUUCUUCAUUUAAAGGAUGAGGAGAGAAAGAUAUUAAUGCAUGCUUUAAGGGAAUAUGAAUCUAACAGAAUAAAGGAGGAGUUUGAAGAUAAAUUAGCUGGACGGAGAUGGAGAAGUAAGCUUGGCAGACCUAGUAAGGUACCAACACUUGGUGAUGUUGAUCCCACUGGAACAUAUUGCCCUGUUCCAGAGGAUUGGCUCAAAAAGAAAUAUGCUGCUACAGUACCAAAGCCAACAACAAAGGAACUUUUACACCUGUCAUUAGCCAACUCAAUACCAUUUAUUGGUUUCGGCUUCUUAGAUAAUUUCAUCAUGAUAAUUGCUGGUGACCGAAUAGAAAGUAGCAUGAGUGCAUAUAUUACAUUAUCAACAAUGGCAGCUGCAGCCCUAGGCAACACAUUCAGUGACGUUAUUGGGAUUGGGUCCUCCUAUUAUGUAGAAAGAGCAGCUGCCCUCCUGGGACUUGGUGCUCCAGCUCUUUCACCUGUACAGCUAGAUAUGCCCGUCAGCAGAAGAUUCGCAAAUGUGGGUCGAGUCCUUGGUAUUACUCUAGGGUGUUUCCUUGGUAUGACGCCGCUGUUGUUCAAAGACGAUGAAAAGAAGGAGGCCUAG